AUGGAAGAAUUAAUAGAUAGUAACGAAGUAAAAAAAACUCUCCAACUACAAUUAAAUAAAAUUACUGAUAACAAUGAAAAGCAAUAUAAUGAUUUAAUAUCAUAUAUAGAGCAAGAGAAAAAACAAAUAGAAAUCAUGAAGAAUAAGACAAGGGAAAAAAAAAAGUCAAUAAAUAGAAUAACUUAUGAAAUCGAGGCAAACACGGUUCUUGUAACCGAGCUAAAGGAGAGCGCUUUAGAAGAAGAAAAAAAGUUAGAUGAAUAUCCUAAACUAAUUGAUGAAGUAAAUUAUCAACUUAACUUAAUUUUCAAAAAUUUCGAUGCCUCUAAACAAGAAUAUAAAACCGUCAAACUGCAUAGAGAUCACAUCCAAAAUGAAUGGACAAAGAAAUUGGAAACACUUUAUAAUCUUUUAGGAUUUGAAAUAAUACUUGAAGAUAACAAAAUUAUAAUCGAAUUUUCAAACAUCCAAAUAGCUGACCCUAAAAAAAAAUACAGAGCUUCCAUAACCUUACAUGAUGGAAUGUAUGAAGCUGUUGAAACCAUACCAAGAAUAAACAAAUUUGAAGAUUAUGUAAAUGGCUUAAAUAGAGGAUUACCAUUUACCACAUUUUGUUGUUUGCUCAGAAAAUCAUUUAAAGAGUUACAAUAA